GGCUGGGCAAGUGGUUCAGUGUGUCUAUGGAAAUCCUUCACUUAGUUAUUAUUUGAAUAGAAAUUACACUAAUAGUCUGCUUCUCCGAGCCACGAAUCCGUUGUUAUCUUCGGAGAAGGUGCAUGGAGAAGGCUGGUCGAUUUCGACGGAAAUCAUCUUCGAUGUUUGAAGAGCGGAGUGUAAAGAUUUAAAUUGAACAAGCAGAACUGCGGGAAGCCUGCAGGUGUAAAGACAUCCCCACCACCCACAAAAGAAUAUAAGAUGGGUGAAAAGAAACCAGAGCCUCUGGAUUUCGUGAAGGAUUUUCAAGAGUAUCUCACCCAACAAACGCAGCACGUAAACAUGAUUUCUGGGUCUGUAAGUGGGGAGAAGGAAACAGAGUCACUUCAAGGAGAAAACCGACCUAAAAUUUCACUGCUGACAGCCGGGACAGAGAAUGAUCAGAAUGGACUGGACCACCCUUCGGUGGAGGUGUCACUGGAGGAUGGCUCGGGGAUGCUGGUGGAUGGGUUUGAGAGAACUUAUGAUGGAAAGCUGAAGUGUCGGUACUGUAAUUACGCCAGCAAGGGGACCGCACGCCUCAUUGAGCACAUCAGAAUCCAUACAGGAGAGAAGCCUCACCGUUGCCACCUCUGCCCCUUUGCCUCGGCUUAUGAGCGCCACCUGGAGGCACACAUGCGGUCACACACGGGAGAGAAACCGUACAAGUGUGAACUGUGCUCGUUCCGCUGCAGUGACCGCAGCAACCUGUCUCACCACCGCCGCCGCCGCCACAAGAUGCUGCCCAUGAAGGGCACGCGCCCCACACUGGUCAACAAGAAGAUGCUCAGCGUCCUGCAGAAGAAGUCCAGCAACCUGGCCUUCAGCCGCCGGCUCCUCAUCAACUUCAGCCCACCCUCCAUGGUGGUGCAGAGGCCUGACUAUCUGAACGACUUUUCCCAUGAGCUACCCAACAUCCACUCUGAAGCAUAUGAGAGCAUUACCAGGUCUCAGGUCAGCAGCGGCAGUGGGAGUGGAUGUCUUUCUAGGGACCCUCAGGAUUUAAUGGUGGACAACCCCUUAAACCAGCUCUCCACAUUGGCUGGGCAGCUCUCCAGCCUGCCCCCUGAGAGUCAGACCCCUGUAUCCCCGGAUGUAGUCUGCCGUGAUGAGAAGCCUUUCUUGAUCCAGCAUCCUGCAGACACACCUGUGGUGUCCACUGUGUCAACCAGCAUGGCUCAGAGCUCCUCCCCCACCAGCCCUGAGCCCCGGCCGCCCCCCCACCCUCACAGGAACUACAGCCCUGUAGCGGGGCCCAGCAGUGAGCACAGCGCCCACACUAGCACUCCCAGCAUCAGCAACAGCCAGCCUAGCACCCCAGCCCCUGCACUGCCAGUGCAGGACCCCCAGCUACUCCACCACUGCCAGCACUGCGACACCUACUUCGCAGAUAACAUACUGUACACCAUUCACAUGGGCUGCCACGGUUACGAGAACCCCUUCCAGUGCAAUAUAUGCGGGUACCAAUGCAAAAACAAGUACAACUUUGCUUGUCAUUUUGCAAGGGGUCAGCAUAAACAGCAAUGACUGCAAGACCUUAAAGAUGAUAAUAAUAGUGCUUGUUGGAUUACAGGGUAAUUUUAAAUUUUUCCCGUUCCAUGAAUUUAACUGAAAGUUUUCGUUGUUAAUCCUAGGAAUUAGAUCCGUAUUUUUUUGGGAGAAACGAAGUUUGUGGGCUAUAAGCUUAUUUUCUGUUUAAAAAUGGUGCAGAUAAAUUAAAGCCUACGUCGUAUCCUUUUUUUAAGCUCAGCAAUCAUAAAGUAGUUUUGAGGAUCGGAGGGGUUCAAUUCUCUCUGCAGUUUAGGAGAGGGUAUAGCCAGCUGCAGUACGCUGUGCUAUUGUCAGGCAUAGGUUCAAGGGGAAAAAUACAUCUGGGAGAGAAAUAAAAUAAUGCUGCUGUAUACUCUAGCAUAUCAGCUUGAUAUAAUAGUGUUUCUAACAGGUGCAUUUAUUAUUCUUUAAGGAAGGGGACUGUAAGACCUGAUUGACUACAGAAUAACCAACAUCUCAACAUAAGCCUUCUUUAAGUGCUUCCACCACAUGAAAAGGAAAUGGCUUGUACAGCAUGGACUACCAGUACUUGUUGGUGCAUCAUGGUGCAUUUUCUGAGCUGUUUGAUGAGAGAUGUGUUACGGUAACAACAUUGUUCAGGCAUUGCAGCCCCCCUCCCUUACUGGUCUGUAAGUCAAAGUACGUUUCAGUUAAGUUCUUUUUUUUUUUUUUUAGCAGGGUUGAGUACUGUGCUGUGUACCAGAUAGAAACACCUGCAUUGCAUUAUUCCCUAGUUACCAAUAUGCAAAGGAAAGGUGGCAGCUCAUUUCAGAUUUUCACAGAGAAAUCAGAAUCUGAAUGAAAAUAAUAAGUGUUAUAUUUUCCAAAUAAAAAAAAAAAGUGAUGUAAACAGAAUUAUCCAGCACUUUCUAAGUAGCCUUGGAAUAUGAUUGAAAUUGAUCAUUAGAUGUUGAAAAGAAUAAAGAAAGCCUUUAAUAACUAAUUAUAAACAUCAUUUCAAGGCCAAAGUAUUCAAUAACAUUUUUAAAUAUAUAUUUUUAAACAUAUAUAUUUUGUAUCUGCAUUAUAGCAACUAUUAGAACGUUUUAAAGAUUUACUUUUUCAGUGACAAUUACUUGCACAUUUUAGU